AUGAAGUUCCUGUAUCCAGCAUCGAAUAGCGUUUCUGGCCUUUCCCACUCACAACUUGCCCUCAAAAUAGCACGACACUCCCCCUGCACGAGCUGCUCCUCUUGCUAUGGCCUCCGUCCUCCUCCAGGUACCGAAGUUCUGCCGGACGAUCAGCAAGCAGUUCAAACAACAUUGGUUGAUCAGUACGGCUCGGACGAUGAAGACGACAUGCAGCUACCUUACCUGGAAUACUGCGGUUGCGGUCACUUCUCGUCAGUCCAUGGUGCAAACGAGCUUGAACUCGGUUCUGAGGAGUUUGCACGGAGAGGCCGAGUUGCUAUUCGAUUAGAUGAACUCCUUCAGGAUGUAGGCAAGCUGACCGACUUCGACUACGUCGAUACGGAUAUAACUUCGCUGCGGAAACAAAUGCAACUGCCGGUCUCACUACUCAGCCCAACGAUGGCUACCUUCAGUAUUUCUCAGAGUAUGUCUUGCAUUCAAUUCUUUGUUGACUCACUCACCGACGGAACACUAGAAAAAUCAUCUAGCAAUCCUAGUUCACCGGCCUCUUCGGUGCUGAGUGAAGUACCCCCAUUUAAGAAGCGGAGGAUAUCUAUCUCGUCUCUGAGCGACGAUGAUGACGAUGAUGACGAUGAAGAAGAGGAACGGCCGUUGGCUGCUCGCGUGAAGCCAUCCCAUAGAAGUGGCAAGAAGGGGCCAGGUUAUAAAUCAAAGCCCCAUCCAGCCUCCAAGAAGCACGCCAAGUCUAAUGGCUCUGCAAAGACCAACGGUCACUCAGCAGCCACAGUUAAAGUUGAAGAACCGAUGGAUGAAGCUCAGUUAAAUCGUUUAGUAACUGGAGUUCCAGUUGAUACCGGUCAACCAUCAGCUGGUGGCCUUUCCUCGAAACCCGAGAAGCUCGUCAAUGUAGAACUUCGGAAGGGUGUAAUCCAGGUUACUGCCGUGAAGAAUGACAAACAACCAAGGUCAAUGGUAAUAUUGACCGGUCUGAAGACACUUUUCCAAAAGCAGCUCCCCAAGAUGCCUCGAGAAUAUAUAGCUCGGCUCGUCUAUGAUUCAAAUUCAAAAGCGCUUGCUAUCGUCAAACGUGGCUACAAGGUCGUUGGUGGCAUCUGCUUCCGUCCAUUCCCGCAUCGCGGGUUCGCCGAAAUUGUGUUCUUCGCAACCGCUUCUGUGGAUCAAGUGAAGGGUUAUGGUGGUAUGCUGAUGGAUCAUUUCAAAGCUCACAUCAAGCAAACGUAUCCGGGCAUGAUGCAUUUUCUGACAUACGCCGACAAUUAUGCCGUCGGGUACUUUGAGAAGCAAGGUUUCUCAAAGGACAUUACUCUUGAUAGAUCGGUUUGGGCCGGGUACAUCAAGGACUACGAAGGCGGAACGAUCAUGCAGUGUACCAUGUUGCCGAAGGUUGACUACCUGAACAAAGUCGAAUUAAUCACGCAGCAAACGGAAGCCAUCAUGUCGAAGAUCCGUGAAGUGUCGAAAUCGCACAUCGUGUAUCCAGGCCUUCCUCAGUUUCAAAAUGGCAAUCCUGGAGGCAUAGUCGUCAACCCAAUGGAUGUUCCGGGACUCAGAGAGAGUGGGUGGAAUCCUAUGAUGGCCACUUCUGUAAGAGGAAUUCCGAAAAGUAUGGAACACAGUCAAAUGGAACGGCUGCUUAGAGACUUAAAAGGGCACUCAAACGCCUGGCCGUUUAUGCAACCUGUUAAUGAGGAAGAGGUGCCGGAUUAUUAUGAAGUCAUUAAGCAACCUAUGGACUUUCGGACGAUGGAGCACAAACUUGACACUAAUCAAUAUCAGUCGCUGGCUCAAUUUGUGGACGAUGCAAUGCUCAUAUUCAAAAAUUGCCAGCAAUACAACCCAGAAGAGACCGUGUACCAUAAGAGCGCCGUUAGAUUGGAGAAGUAUCUGAAGGAGUUGUUAACGAGCAAGAUGAAAAGGGAGGACUAA